UAAUCAAAGGAAAUAAUGAAGUCAUAAAAAGAAAUAACAACAUCAAUAUGGAAUAUAAUAAUAAAGAUUGUAAUAAAACACGUAUUGUUAAAAAAAAAAUGAAAAAAAUCCCUAAGAAUGUUUUACAUAAUAUAGAAGAAAAUAAAUGUUUAGAUGAAAAAGAAAAGCAUAAAAAAGAAUUAGAAAAUGAAGAAUUUGAUUUAUUAAAUUAUUUUAGAAUGGAAGAAAAUACUUUAAAAAGUCAAAUAAAUCCAGAAAAAAGUAAAGAUAUUAUAAGAAGUGAACAUUUUAAACAAAUGAUGAAUGAUAUGAAUAUAAAAGAAGAUGAUGUUUUACAAAUGUUGAAAAAGAGCGAAAAGGAUGUUACACAUUUUAUUAAUAAAAAUUUAACAUUAGAUGAAAUACAAAAGAAAGCACAAAAUGAUGAUGAAUAUAAUGAAAAAUUAUUUGAUAUAUAUAUGAAUAAUAAAAGUAUAAAUUUUUUAGAAAAUAUUAAUUUUAAAAGAAUAGGGAAAAAAUAUAAAGAUAUUGUUAUAGAAGUUAUUGAUAUGUUUAUUGAUAAAAAAUAUAAUUUUAAUGAAUUAAUAAAAAAUAUAGAUGAAGAUGAACAAAAAAAUAAUUGUAUAACUACAUUAAAAGAAAACAUCUUAUUUAAAGAUUUAGAUGAUGCAACUUUAUUUGAAAUUAUAAAAAAAUCUAUUUUAAUUGCAUAUUUAAAUAUAACAUUUUCAAAUGAUAUACAUAAUUAUGAUUGGAAUGCACAAAUAGAAAAUUACAUAACCACAUCAUUAAAUACACAAUAUUAUAGAUUAAAUGAAAUAUCGUAUUCAAACAAUAGCAUAAAUAUAAGUGUAAAAUAUAUUAAAAAUGAUAAGGAUCAUGUAAACGAACAUGAAGAAAUUGAACAUAAUAUAAAGGAUUCAAUAAAACAAUAUGAGCAUAAUAAUAAUUUAAAUAUCCUUUCUAAUUUUAACAUAUUCAUAUAUUUUACAUAA